AUGGAUGUGAACCCACCUAUCUGGCUCCCCCUAUCAAUCUACGCUUGGUUUGUUCAAGAGGAUCCCCAUUUGAAGGUCCGCGAUAUCGACCGCAAGCCAUACAUACAGAUGCUCCCGCGCGUGUUGUUCAAUCAGUGUUUCAUUCUGCUUCCGAGCAUGAUGCUCGUACAAGCAAUGGGCUACUGUUUUGUUGGACCAACGCACCUGCACCCCCUACACUUCCUCCUGUCACUUCCGGCCAUGGCCGUCGGUCAUGACGUGGUGCAAUACCUUACUCAUCGAUAUCUGCUCCAUAAUCCGAACCUGCGACUUAUGCGCCUGCUGCAGCACUCGCUGCAUCAUUCGACUGGAGCCAGUCGUGGAAUCAGCGCAUGUUACAUGUCCGCCCCGGACUUCUUCCUCGAGAUUGUUCUGCCGUAUCUCGUCCCUCUUGCGCUGGUGGGAGGCGGCGGCGCAGAUCUCCUCUUCCAUUCGCUUGUUGCCGGGUCUGGGGCUCUAGGUGGUGUUUAUGAGCACUCGGGGUACGAUUUUUCUGCAAUGUUCUCACCAGAGAACUUCAUGGGAGGGAAAGGACAGUUACCGAGCUGGACUCCAAAGGUUGCCGUCUUGAUCCGGGACUUUGUCGAUAAUCGCGCUCAUGGAGAGCAUCAUUCUCGUGCGAAUGUUUCAUUCUCCGAUGGAUUUGGCAGCCCGGGGAUCUGCGAUACCUAUUUUGGCACGCGGUGGGAUCUGGUGGCUGCGCGUCGGGCAGCAGCAGAGAAGGAGUGGCAGGCUCAACGGAGGAGCCAUAUGAACGCGAAAUGA